AUUGCUUCAGCUCUAAGAGCGGAAUGAACUAGCCUUGGGGGAUACUAGCCUCUAUAUUCUUUGUCUACGAAGUACUUCGUUUGGUUUGAAUAAAGUAUCACACCCAGCAUUAAUAAAAUUGCGCCAAACAAAAAUGCUAAAAAUGUCAUUCUAGUAAACCGGCCAUAAUGAUAUUAUAGUAUCAACAAAUCAAAUGCCUCUAUUUAUUAAAAAGUCGGGCAGCUAAGCAACAGCGAUUAAAUAUAUUAAUAUUUAUUUUUACAAGCAUUUAGAUAUACAAAACUAGGUGACUGGAAACGUUUAUUCCUCUUAAAUAUAAAUUGUGGCGGAAAAUGAAAACAGAACUACAUGUGUUUUAUUGAUACUGUUAUAUUUACAAUUGAUAAAAUAAUGAAGUUCCGGGGGAAAAUGGUUGAAAUUUCAAGCAUACAACAUUUUACAAGAAUAUUAAAUACCAUAAGUAAAUUGACAAAAAUAGGAGUUUUGAAAAUAGUACCCACUCAUCUCUAUCUUACAUUUAAUGAAAGAAUCACAUCGGGCGGUUCCAGUCUAUGGUGUGAAAUACCUCAGGACCACUAUUUUUGUGAAUUUAAUAUGGAGGGCUUGUCUGAAGAACACAAUGAAAUAUAUUUGGAGUUUCAAAUUGAUAAUUUAGUAACUGCUUUUCGAUCUGCCCAGGCAGCUAAAUCGGUGAAACUUAAAUUAACUAAAAAGCAUGUACCUUGCCUUACCUUGGAGGUUGAAUUACCAUCUUUGCACUCCCAUUCUCGUAUUGUUGUUCAUGAUGUUCCUGUUCUAGUGAUUCCUCGACGUUUGUGGGAGCAGUUUCAAGAGCCUACAAUGAUACAAUUUGAUGUUUCUAUAUACAUGCCUUCAUUAAAAAUUGUUCGAAGUGUUGUUGAAAGAAUGAAAAAUAUUGGAAACCAUAUGACAAUGUUUGCUAGUUCAGAUGGUGAAAUAAAUUUGUGCUGUGAAACUGAUACUGUUACCAUCACGACUCAUUUCAAGGAUUUGAAUUUGACCUCUGUUUCAGCUCACUUGUCGGAAAAAAGGAAAGCGGAAUGCAGAAUUGAUAUUCGCAAGUUCCAUCAAUUUGUUUUAGGACAACAAAUAAAUCCAGCAAAAGUUAUUUGUAAUAUAACAAAUAAUCAGAUGGUUCAAUUCUUUCUACUACAUGAUGAUGUGUCCAUUCAAUACUUUCUACCUUGUGUUAUUACGUAAAUUGAAUCUACUUUUGGUAUACUAUAAUGCGAACAACUACAUUUCAUCAUAAUUUGAUAAGUUUCAUCCUUUUUCAUAUUUUUAACUUAUUAUUAACAAAAUUAUUUUUUAACACAAUUUAUCAAGUAACUCUAUUAUUUUAUGCAUUCCAUAUAAUGUUGUAUAUAUGAGGUGCAAAUUAUUAUUCUGUGUUGUUAUGAGGUUCUUUGUAGUAAAUUUUAUUUUUUAGUACUUUAAAGAAUGCGUUUGAUAAAUGAGCAUUAUAAAAUUUUAAAAAUAAUGUAAGAAAUACAUGCAAAAAAAGUAACUUGUUAUAUUCAGUGCAUCAAUCUUUUCCCUUUUAAAGUAAGCAGUAACUUGAACAGUUGUGAUUCUUUAUAACAGUUAAAAUACAGCAUUUAUCAAGAAGGAAAGCAAAAAAAGGUUUUUGCUUCAGACAAUUUAUAGUACCUCGUAAAGAAAUUUUCUGUGAUAUGAAAUUUUUGUCAAAACUUUUAACUAGGGGUCUGUCCAUUUGCAUCCUGUCUCUUUAUUACAUUUGUUAUUUUUAUUCUAGAAGUUUCUAUUAUUAAAUCUUUAUUUUUUUCUUUCUUCUCUUAAUUGAUGUACUCUCCAAUGACUAUUAAGAUUCAGCCCAAAAUAUCACUUCUUAAUCACACCAAAGUACACGUUUUUUCAACUAUUUUGGUAAUAAUAUAAAAUUUGUUUAAAAAGAUUUAAAUUGAAGUUUUAAUAUUCGUUUAAAUAAGGUUGUGUUUUAAAUAUUUAUUUAAAACAAUUGUCAUUAUUGUAAUAAUUUUUUUGUCAUAUAUUUAUUUUUUGAAGUAUAACUUUGUGCUAGUUUCAUGGGGAAAACUACGUAAAAAUGCAGUUUAAUUUGCUGUACAAACAGAGAUAAGUUUUAAAUCUUUCCAUAACUAGUAAAUAUUUAGUUAUUGAUUUUUUCAUUAACAAAAGAGUUAUGUAAUUCAUAAAGUAUUUAUUCAUUUCUUUCUGCAUUAUAUCAUUUAUUAAUAUUUUAAUUUUUCAUUAUAAUAAACUCAUAAUUGUAAGUUUUCUAUUUCAUUUUCACCUUAAAAUUUAUUUUUAGAUGUAUGUAUUUGCAUUGCUACCAAAUCAACACUCUUCCCAACCUUAGGUGUUCAAUUUACUCUAUUUUAUUUUCAUUACAUUUGAUGUUAUUGCAUCAGUCGCAGUAAUUAGUUUAGAUUAAUUUUGGGAUGCAAAAUGUUUAGUUGCAAUAAAUUUAAGGUAAAAAUGUGUUUUUUUCCCCAUUUAAUUUUUCAUUAUUAGAAUAUAAUAAUUAUGUAACUCCUUUCCAACAUUCUGUGAUAUCAAAGGCAUUUUUGUAAACAAAACUGUUUAUAAAGAAUUCUGUUAUGUAAAUAUCUUGAAUGAGAAUAAAAGUAAUUUAAUAUAA